AUGAAGAACAACACAUGGAAGCUAGUUCAACUGCCACCAAACAGAAGAGCCAUAGGAAUAUUUGUGGGCAACCUCAAUGGAGCAAAAAUAUUUGUGCUGGUUUAUGUAGAUGACAUAAUAGUCAUAGGGAAAUCUGAAGAUACAAUCAAACAAGUUAUAAAGCAACUGAAUGCCAAGUUUUCUCUAAAGGACAUGGGAAGCCUGCACUAUUUUCUUGGGAUUCAAGUGUCAAAAACAAGCAAUGGUGGUCUAAUCCUCACUCAACAGAAGUACAUAAAGGAGCUAAUGAGAAAGGCCAACAUGGUAGGUUGCAGCCCCUAUCACACUCCUCUGCCAUCUACCAUCAAACUAUCAACUUGUGGUGGUGCCAAGUUCGAUGAUCCUGCACUCUACAGAAUGUCACUGGAAAAUGGUGAAAAGGGUGCUUCCUUGAAUGGAAUGGCAAGUUAUGGGCUGCAGCUAAAGAAGGAACAUGGAAGUCAAAGCUCAAUGAGAAUCACUACUUAUUGUGAUUCAGAUUGGGCUGGAGAUCCUGACGAUAAGAAAUCCACCAGUGGAUACUGUGUCUUUCUAAGAUCAAACCUAGUGUCCUGGGCCUCGAAGAAGCAAACGGCAGUAGCAAGAUCCAGCACUGAGGCAGAAUACAGAAGCAUGGCAGACUUGAUAGCUGAACUGAUUUAG